CAACAACAACAACACCAGCAACAACAACACCAGCAACAACAACACCAGCAACAACAACACCAGCAACAGCAAUAUCAGCAUCAACAACAACAUCAGCGACAACAGCAGCAAGAAUGGAUGGCAUCAAGGACAACUACUUGCGAUACACAUCCGGCUUAUAAUUUUACCAAUGAUCCAAUAGGGAAGUCAUCAUCAACAACAUCGGGACAAGUUCAGCAUUAUGUACCAUCAGCACCUUCACUGAAUAACUAUCAAUUUUCAACAUCAUCAUCAUCAUCAUCAUCAUCUGCGAAUAACAGAGUUACAGGUUUACCGCACUUUGGGCAAGAAUAUCCAUCAUCAGUGAUACUCUCCUCUUCUUUAACAACGACAGCAACAGCAUCAUCGUCGUCAUUACCAGUGCCACCUUUUCAUGCGAAAGAUCAGCAUUAUUAUCAUCUACAACAAGAACAACAACAGCAUCAGCAUCAGCAACAACCACAGCAACAGCAGCACUAUCAUCAUCAACAUCAUCAGGAAUAUGGACAACGAUCAGCAAAAGCAAUGGGAAAGCAACCAAGUUGGGCUUCAGAUAUAUACACUGGAUUUGACACGAAUCAUUAUAUAUCUUAUCCACCAGCACCACCAGGACCGCCUUCAUCAAAUUAAUUUAUGACCAACGUCUAUCAAUGGAACAUCAAGUCAAUACUUUUUUUUUUUUUUUUUUUUUUU